UUAGGUGACACACUCAUCCAGAUGACCGUGUGUUUAUUAGGGUUUUUUUUCCUCAGCUUUAGAGGACCGUGUGUGUCAUCUUGGAAGAAUUUAACUAGAUCCUUCCGGUCGAAAACAAUACAUGCCUUGGGUUUCACAAUUAAAGUUAGAAUUUCCAACUUAUUUUUACAUUUCUUAACCAAGGUUUUUUUAAAAACGGGCGCCAUUUUUUAUUCUCGCGAGACUACAGACAACGAGGAAGUCAUUCUGGCCCUGCUAUUGGUCGCUGUUCGCGAUUUGCAAAUCACGUGGGCGUUUUUUGAGCGACAUUGCCAAUAACACCGGCACCGUUUUUUGUUUUGUUUUGUUUUGUUUUUUGUUUAUGUUUCUGCAUAAAAUGCCCGCAACGGGGAUCCUAGUUACCGGGGACAACGGCGGCGAGAAGCCGAAAGAGGAGAAGGUGAGCUCGCUGAGUUCAUUUUGCGACGAGCGCGGCUAUCUGAACCUGGUGAAGUUCAUUCUGGAGCACGGCUCCAAGAAAGGAGACCGGACCGGGACCGGCGUCCUCUCGGUGUUCGGCGCGCAGGCCCGAUACAGCCUCCGCGAUCAGUUUCCUUUGCUCACCACCAAAAAAGUGUUCUGGAAAGGAAUCGUCGAAGAGCUACUUUGGUUUAUCAAGGGAUCGACGAAUUCCAAGGAGCUGUCGGAGAAAGGCGUAAAGAUUUGGGACUCCAACGGCUCACGGUGGUUCCUGGACAAGUGCGGCUUUAGCGAGCGCGAGGAAGGCGACCUGGGACCCGUCUACGGCUUCCAGUGGCGCCACUUCGGCGCCGACUACACAGACAUGCACGCCGAUUACACAGGGCAAGGCGUGGACCAGCUGCAGAAAGUCAUCGACACCAUUAAGAGUAACCCGGACGACAGGCGCAUCAUCAUGUGCGCGUGGAACCCGAAAGAUCUGCCGCUGAUGGCGCUGCCGCCCUGCCACGCCCUGUGCCAGUUCUACGUGUGCGAGGGCGAGCUGUCGUGCCAGCUGUACCAGCGCUCGGCCGACAUGGGCCUGGGCGUGCCCUUCAACAUCGCCAGCUACGCGCUGCUCACGUGCAUGAUCGCGCACGUCGCGGGGCUCCGCCCCGGCGACUUCGUCCACACGCUGGGCGACGCGCACGUCUACGCCAACCACGUGGAACCGCUCAAAGCGCAGCUGCGGAGGGAGGUCCGCCCCUUCCCCAAAAUGGAGAUCCUGCGGAAGGUGGAGCGCAUCGACAAUUUCCGCGCCGAGGACUUCGCGCUCGUCGGCUACGACCCGCACCCGGCCAUCAAGAUGGAGAUGGCCGUGUGAGACCGGCCGCCGUCUUUAAAGUCGGAAAAUGUCAAAAAGGAUCUAAUCUAAGGAUAAGAUGCAAAUGGUCCAACUUUUUACAGUUACUUCUCAUCGCAGCUCCGAGAUAACUUUUUCCAAUAAAGAAUUACAUCGCCGUUUUAUUUUGAUCUCACAUGAUUAUCUUUUCCGUUACUGUGAUGAUCGGUUAAAAAUGGAAUUGUACUUCCCGCGUGCGGGACGAAAGAUUGACUCGAUUCAUUUUGGCGCGCACUUGCAACGGCCGAAUUUUUGAAAACAAGUGAUCAAAAGGUCCGUUUCCACUCAAAGCGUCCCCUUUAAAGAUGUACACUCGCAAAGAAAUAAGCUCACGUUCUUCUGUAUUUGUGCUCAAAAGUUGCUUGAGGAUUGAAAAUGUUAUUUUAUGCAAAUAAAGCAUGUACAGUUGUGUUAU